CUUUUAUUCUGAUGGAUGUGGGUGGUGGUGUUGGUGGGCGAUUGUUGUAAGCGGAGGGGAAUCAGUGACUUUUCGAUUUUGGGGACGAGGGGUUAGCUCCCGCAGGCUGUGGCUUGUGUCGGAAACAAAACGCUGUCUCCACCUUUAGGGACAGAUGAUGCUGAAUGGGUUUGAUCGUUGCGCAUGUGCGUUUGACUCCCAGCUGUGGAUUUGUUGUUAGAAGCAAAGUCUACAGACUCUAAAAAUCAUUUCCUGAACGUUUAUACUGUCACUUAUUCUGUUUAGUUUUUUAUCCAACUUUAACUUUCUGUGUGGGUCUAAAAGUUUGCAAGCAGCCACUUUCUCGCUUCUGCAUCACGCUCUCUCUCAGUAUGAAGUGUGGAAAUAAUCAUCAAGUGCUCCCAUUAACAUGUUCCCACAGAAAAAUCCCCAUCAGCCUGGAAAUAGUAAAUAUGUACUUGGUAUUGGCUCAUAUGGGCACCCUGUGUAUGUGUGUGUGUGUGUGGCUCUCUCUGUGUGUGUCGGGGGCAGGCAGACUCCGCCCCUUUAUGCUAAUUAAGGUCUCCCAUUGGCGUGUCGCUGGGAAAAAGGCCGGCUCUGAUUGGCCAAGUCGAACCCAUUUAUACGCUGACAGCCCCCGGUCGCAUGAAUGGUUGUCUAUUAACUUGUUUCACAAACUAUCCGGAGUUGUCACGGCUCGGCUCGGGCGGACAGAGGCGAAAAAGUGCGGGUUUGUUGACGCUCGUUUUCGGAGAAGCGACGGGAGAAGUUUUGUGGACACAACAUUAGCGGGGAGCUGUUUUGGAAGAAGGCUCUCUCUCUGCGCGCUGAGAGGGAGAGAGAGGAAAAGAGAGCGAGUGUCUGUGUGUGUGUGCGUGAGCCUGUGUGUGCGUGUCUCUGUGUGUGUGCGUGUGUGUGUGUAUAUGUGUGUAUGUGUGUGUGUGUGGAGAGAAGCGGCUUGAUGCUUGUUGUUUUUGUCCAGAGAAAAGUUGCAUAGAAAAAUCCCGGCAGGUAACUUUUCGCUGCAGCCCUGCGCUCUCCUCACUGUCCGCUCCUCUGGCUGCUGGAGUUUUUCUCUUGGCUUCUUUGUUUUUUGACAUUUUUUUUUUCUGGGAUUCAACUUUUUUGAAAUCUGUUCCCGAUGUAUAACAUGAUGGAGACUGAACUGAAGCCCCCAGCUCCCCAGACCAACACGGGGGGCACGGGCAACACCAACACGUCCGGCACCGGCAACAACCAGAAAAACAGCCCCGAGCGGGUCAAGAGACCCAUGAACGCCUUCAUGGUGUGGUCCCGGGGACAGAGGAGGAAGAUGGCGCAAGAAAACCCCAAAAUGCACAACUCGGAGAUAAGCAAGAGGCUGGGCGCAGAGUGGAAACUCCUGUCGGAGAGCGAGAAAAGACCCUUCAUCGACGAAGCCAAGAGACUGCGGGCCCUGCACAUGAAGGAGCACCCGGAUUACAAAUACCGGCCCCGGCGGAAAACCAAGACCCUCAUGAAGAAGGACAAGUACACCUUGCCCGGUGGGCUGCUGGCUCCGGGAGGCAACGGGAUGGGGACCGGGGUCGGUGUCGGGGUCGGGGCCGGGCUGGGCGGCGGAGUGAACCAGCGCAUGGACAGCUACGCCGCGCACAUGAACGGCUGGACGAACGGCUACGGCAUGAUGCAGGACCAGCUGGGUUACCAGCACCCGGGGCUGAACGCGCACAACCCGAGCCAGAUGCAGUCCAUGCACCGCUACGACAUGAGCGCCCUGCAGUACAACUCCAUGACUAGCUCCCAGAGCUACAUGAACGGCUCCCCGACAUACUCCAUGUCCUACUCCCAGCAAACCACGCCGGGGAUGACCGCCCUGGGCUCCAUGGGGCCCUCCUCGGUGGUGAAGUCCGAGUCGAGCAGCUCCAGCCCGCCCGUCGUCACCUCGUCAUCCCACCGGGCCGCCCCGGGCUGCCAAAGCGGCGAUCUGAGAGACAUGAUCAGCAUGUACCUGCCCGGGGCGGAGGUCAGCGAACCGACCGCCCAGACCAGGCUACACAUGUCCGGGCACUACCAGAGCACCGUGCCCGGGACGACGAUCAACGGCACGCUGCCGUUAACACACAUGUAAGAGACAUGAAAGCGAAAAAGAGAAGGAGAGAGAGAGAAAGAACUUUUAUAAGAGAAACUGUGGACUACUUAACGUUGGACUAUUUUUGUACAGAAAAAUUUCGGGGUGGGAAAAGUUGUAUAGAAGUCUCCAAGAAAAAGAAAAAAGGGACACACGACUCUUUUUAUUUUGUCUUUUUUUGUCUCACAUUUUAUUCUAAGGAAGCUCUAGAGGGACGGUAGGAGAUCCCCCACCACCGCCACAGCCACCAUCCCCACCCCCCUUUCACUGACGGAUGAAGUUUGGAAGACUAUAGAAAGUGGGAGUCGCAAUCAAAAAAAUGUUUUAUUAUUGCAAUCACCCUUUUGUACAGUAUUUAUCAAAGAAACAUUACAAUCAGACGAAAAUUGUUUGUUAAACUGCAAAAGGUUGCAUAUUUCUUUUUCUAUUUCUCUUUUUUUCUUCGAUUUGUUUCAUUUUUUCCUGUUUUAUAUAAAGCAACGCCAGUUCUGCAGAUAAAAAUAUUAAAAAAAACAAAAAAAGUGAAAGAUAGCAGAGCUGAAAUUCUUAUGGGAGCUCAUUUAACACUUCACAACACUGGAAAGAAAAAGGGGACAUGAAACGAAGCAGGUAAAACUGCUCUUUUUUGUUGUUGUUGUUGUUGUUGUUUUCAUUUUUAAAGGCAGCAUUACUAAACAUUUUAUUUCUUGGAAAAAAAAUUAUAUAUAUAUUAAAAAAAACGACGCCUUUUUUGUUUUUUUUUCCUCUCAUGCAGCUUAAAAUAUAGGUUCUUAAUUUAUAUUUCCGUCUCCCACUUUUCAUCUGUUAGAGGUAUAUGACGCUUGUACUUUUUUUUUUUUUUUUCUAAUUGAUUUGUACAAUUUCUGUAUAUUUCCUGUGAUAUUUUAAGUUUUUAUUUCAAGAAGAAGAAAAAUUGUUUUGGUUUUUUUUUCAUUCCCGUAGUUGUAUUUUAAGAAUUGUGGCCUGUACGCAGAACAGCCAACCACUCCAUGUAUAUAUACCGGAACUAAUACCAUCCUUAUAACAGUUACAAUUUCAGCUGAGUAUAUAUUUUUUUUUCAAUAUGCAGUUUGAAAUGAAUAAAUUUUGGAAAUUUGGAUACUU